CUGCCAUCAAACAGCAAUUUAUUGUUUUUGUUUUGUAAGGAGGAAGAUAUUCUUCUUUUUUAAGAAAUGUCACUGUCACUUGUGUCAGUGUCAUAAAUGUCAUUUGUUGUACUAUGUCUUGACGCGUGUUUGCAGCGCUAGUUUAUUUUUAGUGGUGUAAGAUAAAAUGGAGGAAAAUAAACGAGUAAUUCUUGAGCAAUCCAAAUCUUCAGACAAAGACGCAAGGUUUCGCAACGUAAAAGAACGCCAAAAUGAAGAAAGACAUAAGAAAUUGGAAGAAAUCAAAGCACAAGCGCUGGCAGCACAAAUUUUCAAGGAACAGAAGGAGCAGGAAAGGCGUCGGCGAUUAGACGAGAUGAGGGUGAGGCACGACGAGAAGCGCCAGCAGGUCGAAGAGCGAAAGAAGGCGAUCUGCGACGCCGAAAGGGACCGCCUGCAUUUUAUCAUAAAAAGGAACCAAGAGCGAGAACAGCGCAUCGAAUCGAAGAGACGUAACGAACGGAGCAGCGCCGUUUUCGCUUUUGGUUCUUCGACACCUCGAAUGUUAGAUCCCAGUGAUAUGCAUGUGUCCUAUUGGAACAAUAGGAGGUCGACGUCCAUUCAAAAUAUUACUACUUCCGUUGAUAGUUCUUCCGCGCUAACUCGGAGACAGUCUGAACGGGAUUUAGAUGUAGGAAGCAAAAAACGCGCCACUUCUGCCACUGGAUUAGAGAGAACCGGUAAUGCACCAGCAGGAGUAGUCCCGGCGGGCUGCGCGAGCGGUUUUAUAGGACGUAGGCGCACCGACUUAGUCCCCACCAUUCCGACAAAAGACUCGCUCAGUUCGUCCCACAAAUCCCUGAACCACUCGCCAGGUAGGGCAUACUCGAUGUCGCGGCUCGAUCAGCUCGCGCGACCGCGCAAACGCCACCUCAUGCCGUCCCUGGUCGAAUCCGGCAAGGCCGGCUCCUCGUACGACCUGUCCCAGUCCCGGUCCCGGUCCCGCGAUCCGCCCAUCUCCCGCAGCGUGAGCCACAUCGCCGUGCGCAAGCCGCGGCCCGGCGCCGAGCUGGGCCGCGCCGACAGCCGCAGCAUGCAGCAGCUGAGCACCGCCGCGAGACCGGCGGCGCAGGCGCAGCAGCAGCAGCAGCCGCGCACCACUCGCACCACACAAUUGAGGGAGCAGAAAGCGCUCGGCUCCUCUAAUUGCAGCGAGGCGUCGUCGCGUCCGAGCAGCUCCCUCAGCCAACACAGCACAAACAGCCUGGCCAGUUCGAUAAGCCUCAGGCACCGCCUGAACAACGGGCCGAGGAAGCCGCGGCCCGCCAGCAUCGCCGUCACCGGCGUCACGCACGACCUCAAGGGCGAGUCGAAGCCGCCGCUGCCGAAGCCGAAGAAGCCGGCCCCGAAGCCGAGCGACAAGCCCGCCGCCAACCCCAAACCCCGAGCCAAAACGCCCGUCGACAACGGCGCGAAGCCGAUCGUCAAGCACGCCGCGACGAAAGAGAAAACCAGCAGCAAUCAAAAAUCCGACGUGAAUCACCUCCUUCCGAACGAGCCCAAACCGGCGGUCGUAAAUGGAAAAGUCGAAUGCGACGAAGACAAACCCAACGCGGAAGCCCCAGCCCCAGCCCAGGACGUGAUUCCAGCCCACGAGGAGCCCCUCGUCGUCGAGCAACCGGUUAAAGAAGUAGCCCCGAUCCCGGAGAAAAUCGACCCGCCGCCUCAAGCGGAUGUGGAAAUCCAGAAGCCUCCAGCGGAUGUCGAAAUCCAGAAGCCUCAAGCGGAGGUCGAGAUCCAGAAGCCUCAAGCGAAAGAGAAGCCGGACGGCCAGCUGCAGGUGGAAACGGAGGCGGACGCCGGCGGCGAGAUGUCCUCUUCGAUGACCAAGAGCCGCAUCACGACCGAAGAGGAGGCGAAGGCGGCGUUGGCGGAGAGGAGGCGGCUGAUCCGCGAGGAGGCCGAGCGGCAGGCCGAGCUGGAGAGGCUGCGCGUCGAGGCCGAGGCGCAGGCGGAGCUGGAGCGGCAGCGGCAGGAGGAGGAGCAGAUCAGGCAGCUGAUCGAGCUGCAGCGGCAGACCGAGCAAGAAAGACUGCAGGAAGCAAUAAAGGAAGCGCAGAAGAGGGAGGAGGAGGAGAGGCUGAGGCGGGAGGAGGAGCAGCGGUUGAAGUUGCUGAAGGAGGAAACCGAGAAGAAGGCGCGCGAGGAGGCCGAACGGCAGAAGGCCGAGUUGCAGGAAAGGCUGAAGAACGAGGAGAAGGAGCGGGAGGCGCGCCGCAAGAGGGUCGAGGCUAUAAUGUUGAGGACAAGGGGGAAAAAUAAUGCUAAUAAUUUAUCAUCACAAAGUACUGACGAAAAAAAUGAGAAUAAAUCCGAUGAAAUUAAAAGUAAAGUAAACGGAACUAAAAUUGAACAAGAAAAUGGCACAACCAAAAUGUCUAAGGAUAUUGUUGAUAAUUUGAUUCCUAACGAAAUAGUGAAGAAUGCCAAUACUAUAGAUUCAAUGAAUACUAACGACUCUAUUAAUUCAAAUAAUGCGUGGCGAGAUAAUCAGCAGUACGGUAAUUUUGUGUUAAAUAACAAUAGCUAAAGAAAACAAAUGUCUGUAUUUUUCAGAUGCAUUGAUGUGAGAAAAUAAAUAUUUUUAGGUAUACAAACAAUAGAUGAAUGAAUAUUUAAUGUAAAUCUGGAUGUAUACUAUAUUGUAUACAUGUAUACAGACAUAAUAUUGAUUUAUUUUUUAGAAAUGCCCUAUAUAUAACUUAUUCAAUUGUUGAUGUUUGUGUACACUAUUACAGAUUUAAUUCGAAAUUUGGACUUGUUUGCUAAAAGAUUUUUUCGAAUUGUACACUUGAUUUAUCUAAUCCUUAUUAUCACUUCGGUUUAUUUAUUAUAUUAUUAGAAUUUUGAGUGCAUAUUCCGAAAAAUCGUUUUAGUUCUAAUUCCUUAAUGGUUAAAAACGAGUAGAAAGAACUCCAUUCAAUUAAAUUCGAAUUGUUUGAUUGACUGAUAUAUUAAAUAAUUGAGAUUAAGGAAUUGAGAAUGUUUAAUUCGAAUUUUGCAUGGAGCUCUUAUAAUUUCGCCUAUAGACGUGUAAUUCUGUUUUCUCAAAUACACACUCAUUUAUAUGGAAGUUUGCACUUCCCUCAUUAUCCCUUUUCUUUCAGUUGGUAACAUUUUUAUCAUCAAAAUAUCAACUUUUUUAACCAUUAAGUAUGUUUAUGAAAUUAACAUUGCUAUGUGUAUAUAAAAUAUGAGAUUAUACGUGUAUGCAAGCAGUGAUGGGUGCGUAGAAAAAUGGCAACUUUGUAAUACGUUUAAUGUACUUCGGUAAUGUAGCAAGAAUGUCAUCCAAUUGGCAGAUCCAAUAUUUAUUCAAUAAAAUUUAAAUUUAGAAAAUAUUGCGCUUUCUAAAAGUCAUUUAUACAAUUAAUAAUCCUGCAUUGGAUGACGUAAUUGAACCUUUCCAUAUUAGAUAAAAAUUUGACCAGAAGCAAAGGGUUGCGUCAUUUCAGUAUUAGUGUUGCUUUUGAUUGAAUUUUUCACCAUUAAUAUCUUUUACAAACUCGAUCUAUACUAGUCAUCUUGAUUAUAAGUAAAAAAAAUUGUUAUGUAAUAUUUCCUAUACUUUUGAUGUUAAAACACUUCCGUUUUUAGUGACUAUUUGUAAUAUUUACGAUCUUUUUAGUCAUUUUUAAUGUUUGUAUUCAUUCAGUUAAAAUCGUGUAAAAUAUUUUAUGGAAAAGGCUAAUUGUUAUUUAGUUAAUAUUAACAAAACGGCAUUGUUAACACCAAAUUUAAUUAAUAUACUUAGUGAGUUAUUAUUUCGCUAUUUCCUAAGGUUCGUAGACAUUUAUCAUAUUGCAGAAUUCGUCGCUCAUUGAAUUUUCAUUCCUGUUCAUCUCGUUUUGCACGUUAGGAAAUUGUUUUAUUCUAUUAGUUUGUUUUAUAUUAUUGCUAUUGUUAUUUAAAUAAUUUUGUAAUUGUAAUUGAUUAAAUUUAAAAUGGUUUUUGAUAAAAAUUACUUUACUAAAUCGUUCUGCAAUGUGCUAACACGUACGUAAAAUUUUGAACAAAAAAUUUUGCUGGUCAAAGAAAUUGAUUUCUUUUAUAUUCUCAGUAACAGCUACUUUAGUAUUUUUAAUAUAUUGUAUAUAUUUUUUAUUUAAU